CGCCAAUGAAAAUGGAGGAAAUGUCAUUAUCUGGCCCAGAGAACAGCAAAUCUGAGCUCUUUAUUUGCUGUGGUCUCCUGACCCAUACUAUCAAGCAAAAAGCUUGGAUUGAUGCUAUGACUGCCGUGAUGCAGAGGAGAAACAAGCAAGACGUCUACUUCCUUUGUCUAAGGAGCACUUUUUCCUCAUCUUCUAAACUUUGGUGUUCUGAGAAACAGACAUGGAUAACUGUUUGGAUUCGCACUGCGAGAUGCAAUGAGAAUUCGUUUUGUCCAUUUAUUUGCGAAGAUGUGUGCAUGAAAACUCCUAACUGCAGGUUUGUCCAACAUUUAAUGUUGCAAUGAUACCAUUUUCUGCAAUUAAUUGAGGGAUACGUUGAACUCUUUCACCUGACCAGCCAUCUUUGUUCAGUCCCAGGCAUUUGAUCUUCUCCUGUGAAGCUCACUCACAGAUAUCUGAUGUUCUCUGUAACUGAGUGUACAGAUUCUUGGUCUCUUCGAGUUGAACGUAGUCUCCAGUGAUGAUGGAUAAUUUCAAAGUGAGCUUGUACUCUGCCAAUCCACUGGUAGGAGAUCAAUGGGACAGCACCGUCUUUUUAUAUUUUAGAGGAUACUAGAGUCAAAGGAAAGAAUACUUUUGAUCAAAUCUUGAACUUUGAAGGAGAUUAUUCUUUGGCCACAAGUGAAGGUCGUCAUCCAGAGACCUGACGGCUCCUCAAUAAGAAAAGUGAAUAGAGUGGCUCCAGAUUUGCUGAACAGAUGACGAGAGAAGUCAGUUCAUAAGAAGGUCGUUUUGUGCAAACUCUGCAGCCAUGCCCAAACUGAAGAGGGUAUCGUCAGAGAAGAAACAGAAGUACUGGCGGCAGCUAAAACGAGACCAGAGACAGAUGAGCAGAGAGCACAGUGACCAGGCCAUGGAUUUUGACGCUACCCCUGAAAGUUCCACAGAGCAGGCCGUAGCUCAUGAGAUCUAUUCUGAUCUCGUAGAUGAUGCGUGUCUGGGACUUUGUUUUGAGGUGCAUCGAGCUGUAAAGUGUGGUUAUUUCUUUUUGGAUGAGACGGACCCAGACAGCAUGAAGGAUUUUGAAAUCGUGGACCAGCCAGGUGUGGACAUUUUUGGUCAAGUCUAUAACCAGUGGAAGAACAAGGAGUGUGAAUGUCCAAACUGCAGUCGAAGUAUUGCUGCCUCCCGCUUUGCUCCCCACCUGGAAAAGUGCUUGGGAAUGGGACGCAACAGUAGUCGGAUUGCUAACAGGAGAAUAGCCAGUAGCAACAACCUCAGCAAAUCUGAAAGUGACCAAGAGGAUAAUGAUGACAUCAAUGAUAAUGACUGGUCGUAUGGAUCUGAAAAAAAAGCUAAGAAAAGAAAAUCUGAUAAGAAUCCCAAUUCACCACGGAGAUCCAAAUCUCUCAAACAUAAAAAUGGAGAACUCAGUGGAAACUCUGAUCCAUAUAAGUACAGUAAUAAUUCUGGCAUCAACUAUGAAAGCCUGGGUCCUGAAGAGUUGCGUUCGUUGCUUACAACGCAAUGUGGAGUCAUUUCAGAACACACCAAGAAAAUGUGCACAAGAUCAUUGCGGUGCCCUCAACACACAGAUGAGCAGCGGCGGUCUGUACGGGUCUAUCUCCUGGGAUCUUCAGUAUCCCUUCCAGAAUCGGAAGUAAGCAUAGAAAAUGAGAGUUAUGAUCCCUCUGAGAGCCAGGGUUUUAUGAGCCGACUGCAAUGGGAUGGCACGUCAGACAUUUCGCCUUCUGACUCGGCAUCUUCCAAAGCAAGUACCAACAAUUCUGACUCCAAAAAGAGCAAAAAAAAGAAGCCUCACCUUGGCCUCCCAAGUGCGCCUGGCAUGAGCUCCAGCAAAAAGAAGAAACUGAAAGCACCAGCUCCACCCACUCCCAGCAUAUACGAUGACAUCAACUGAAGGAAGUGGUGCUACUUCUAUUUUUUUUCUCCUGUUCUGUCUCGGCAAGUUUCACUUUGGUGAUUCCUGUGAAGAGGUGGACACUUGUUAAGUGGAUUAGCUUCAAGACUGUUACUUGACCCUAGGAUGCUUUGGUGCUGAAGGCUUCAUUCUAUAAUGGUUGACAUUAACUUUUCCUAUUUAUUAUUUAAAGAAUGAGGGAUUUUGCUGGGUAUACAAAGCUGAUGAAAUGUUGCAGUUGGAUCGUGUUAAUGUGCCUGGGUCACCUAUAAUGAAUACUCAAGUCUGAAGCUGCCACUCGUUUUCGACUUCCAUCCAGAUCAAUCAUCUUAUCCCUUUUUUUUGUCAAUCCCAGCUAUAAGUUUACAACCCCCCCCUCUCCCCCUGUUGUGCGCAGUGCAACAUUUUGUGAUGCCUCAUUACUGGUCGUGAUAUUUGUGUGCCAGCCAUAUGAAGUUUGCCUUUUCAGCAGAGCACAGGUUAUUCACUGUGGAACUUCGUGGAGUUACUGUGUAUUUAUCAAAGGCUAGGGUUUCUGAUCAAAGUAUUCUUCAUAAAAGCUGGGAAGCGCAGAGGAGCAGUCAAGAUACGUGUGCAUGCAUAGAAUUUAAAAGUUUAGUAAGUUUUAAAAGAUGCAUUUCCGGAGAGGGAUUUUAUCUGAUCAUUCCAGUAACUGAGGCCAGCAUCACAAACAGUAACCUUUCACGGGCUUAUUCCGACUGUACUUCAAAAGUUAGUUCAGUGCACCUUUUUAGAAGUUCCAGCCUACUCCAAAUCUUCUGCAAGAUUAAUUGAAAUGUGCGUAUACUUACAGAAGGGUGUUUCUCUCUCAUCUUGCAAUAACUCCUAUGACCUGUAUUGUUUAUGAUCUCCAAAGGAUUGAUCAAUCUGAACUGUGGCCCAGCAUUUCACUUUUUGAAUGAUGGUAGUACAGCAAAUGUAGUAAUAAUAUGGACUCGAAGGACAGAAAUUGAUUUCUUAAUGAAGCCAACAUCUUGAAAGCCUUUGUGCUGAAUAUGAUCUCUUGUGGGUUUGAAAUUCAUUCUGUCAGUACCAGAUACCUGUUUCUUUCCACUGUGGUCAAUUGUAAUUGAGACACUUGGCUGUCAUUUUUGUCAGCUUUGAGUAAAGCAGCACAGAAGAUGGAUGGACAGUAGCAAACUUUAAAGUCUCUUUUGAUUAACACCAGAUACAUCCAAGUGGUCAAGACAGGAAUUUUUUACAGCAUGUUUGUUAUGUAGUGAUCACUGUGACAUAGCCUAACACCUUGCUUACAGAUAUCUGUACUAAUGGAUGGACUAUGAUGACUGCAUGUGAAUGCUGUCCAGACUGGAAAGUCUUUGUCGUAAUUCUUAUGAAACUGCCUUUUUUCCUCCAUUUUUACAGAUAUCGUAACAUUAUUUAAGCUAAACUGAGUACCCAAUUUGUGUUAAUGAGAGGUACUUGGAGAAAGAUAUUGUCACCACUUUUCAAAACAAAAUGUCAUUUGCGUGUGGGACCAAAUUGGAGUAGGCAUUUCAUUGUGUUUACAUCUGAGAAGCUGGAAAUUUAGUCUUUUUCAAAGUUUAUACAUUAGCAAACCUGAGAUGGGUGGGUCUGGAUUGCUUCUUGACAUUAUAAUUGUUGGGAGAAGUGGUCUAUGCGUUGCUUCCUGCCAGGCAGCAUGAUGUUGCCCAACACUAAAAAAACCAUUGCACUUUACGUCUGAUUGUGUGUGUGCUAAACUCAAGGUUCUUCUGGACUUGAUAUGGCCCUUUCUCAGGGCCCUGAGAAAAGAACCAGCGCAACUGUUGUGAAAUGCUUUGCGGUUGAAACUGACUAUGUCACAGAUUUCGAAGAAAGGAAAACAAAGAAAAUCAUGAAUAAAUUCAGCAAAUGCCUUGCAUUUGUAUUUUAUGUUGUAGCCAACUGUCCUGCGUAGCACAUGGAGUGUGUUCUUUUUGAAUUAUUAUGUAAUAUGACUAAAACUUGUGCUUCCAGUUUUAUUGCAUCUUGACUAUAAAACAGUGUAAAUCAAGGAAUAACAGCAAUGGAACAAAUCCUUGCUGUGCAGAGAUGCUGCAGUCUAUUUUUGAUAGAUAAAUAUUAUCUAUUCUGGGCCCUUGCAGAGCAUGGAAGAAAUAUCCUAUGAGCAGGCUUAAAUGGCCACAAAUAUAUUGGCUGUAAUUUUUUGCUUAAAAAUUGUGUGCUACGUGAAUAAGGUGAGAGUGAUGUUCAGUAAUUGUGUAGCUGCCUAAAAUGAGCUAUGGUCAUUGCUUUUCAUAUUAGCAAUUUUAUUUUAAAGUGUAAAUUUUAAAUAUACAUUUCAGUCAACUAGAUAAUGUUUGAUGCUUUUAUUUCUUAGACUUCAUAUUUUUCCUUUUGAUAACUUCUGCAAUUUGCAACUCCUUUGGGUUAGGCAAUCAGGACAGACAGAACCAGUCAGAAGGACAUGAGGAAGAGCUCUUCAUCCCUUGGGUAACUUGGCCUUCCUAGGGACAUGUGAAUGCUUGUCACGUUGGGAAAUAGAAUCCCUUUUAGUUGUAAUAAGUGAUUAUUUGCCUUUUGUGUGUUUGUAUUGUAACAGGCUGGAGUACCACCUGCUGGUCAGAGAGGACACUAGCCACCCAUUGUUUUUCCAGUCGAGAUUAUAGCUGUAUACGUUCUUUUGCUAUCUUCUAACAAAAAUACUUGCUCCAGUUUUCCACUUAUUGGUUCAAUAGUUUAUGCACCAGGUGAGUGUUGUGCAUUCCUAGUGCAAUACUUAGAUGUCAAUCAGAAGUGUGUGUGUUAAAUCCAGGGUCUGUUGUCAUUGCGUCUGAUCAGUUUCCACCUAAGAAUAUGAUGAUAUAGACAGCUCAGUCUUGUAUGCAAGUUAUUUCAUCUUAAGAGGAAAAAGCAGACAUCAACAGCAUAGCUUGUUCAGAAUGAAUGAAGUCCAUGGCCUAAGACAGAUUGCCUUUUGCUCUUGGAGCUGUAAUGGCAACUAGUAUAACCAGUCAGUUAUGUUGGUAUAUAAUGGGUUGCUGUGAUGUGCAGCAUUAUAAUGUUAUGAAACGUUUCAGAUAGAAAUGGUUACCACUGAAAUCCUCUUACUGAGGGCUGUACUGUAACAUGACAGUUGAUAGUUUUAAGUAUUUUUAUUUUCAGAAUUAUGUCCUGAUGUGAUUCUAUAAUGGAACUGUAAGGCUAAUACACAUCAUACUUGUGUUGUAUGUAUAAACAUUUGCCCAUAAACAUACUGUGCUUGAAAGUGGAAUUGUUACCUCAACGUUUAAUAUUUAAUAACUCAUCAAGCUCCUUUUUUUGAUGUUACUAAAGCUGUGCUGUGCCUAGUUUUAAGUUAAAAACAUUCAUGCAUCCUAGUGAUGGAGAGUAAGUAAAAGAUAAAUUGUUUUUAAAUAUUUGUAGUGAUGAUCACUGUCGUGGGAGCCUCGUGCAAAUUCUCUACUUCUAACAUCGACUCACUUUUACGUGAAAUAGUACAGAUAUUUGGUACUGGAGCAGUAUUAAUCAUUCUCUUUAUAGCAGCAUGUGUUAAUACAUUGCCGAAGUUCCCGUUGGGAUACUAAAGGCUUACUCAUGUCAGUAUUUGAAGAUACUGGGACUGGCUUUUCUAUAAUUAUUUUGGUACUAUUAGUGACGCUGCCAGACAAAUCUGUACUGUCUUGUACAGAUGGUUUAUCUAAAAUUUUGUAGCAGCACUGGUAUGUCUAUAUUUGCAAUACAUUGGUAACUGUCUAUACUUGACUGAUAGAUGCCCCCAUUACUGGUUUAUUUCUUUUAAAUAAUUAUCUAUUGAAUUUAGCAACUCCAUUAUUACAAUUAACUGUGAUUAUGUUAAUAAUACAGGUUGACUAGAAUUUGUGCGUGCAUGCGCAAGAGGUUAUGACCCUGCAAACCUGAUGAGCAUGAGCACAGAGUAAUCUUGUCAAUAUGCUAUUUAUAGGUGAAUGUUAUAUUUGACUAUGCAUACUUGCUGUGUGGCUAGAUUUAUUAGCUAUGAGCUGAUAGGGUUAGCACUGCUGCCUCACAGCACCAGAGACCCAAGUUCAAUUCCAACCUCAGGUGACUGUGUGAAAUUUGCACAUUCUCCCCGUGUCUGCGUGGGUUCCCUCUGUGCUCUGGUUUCCUCCCAUGGUUCAAAGAUGCGCAGGUUAGGUGGAUUGACCAUGGGAAAUGUAGGGUUGUAGGGGAUGGGUCUGGGUGGGAGCUCUUCAGAGUGUUAGUGUGAACUCAAUGCUCCUUCCACACUAGGGAUUCUAUGACUUUUACAGAAAUGGCCAAGAUACCCUCGUAGCUAAUAAAAGCUUAGUUUGUCUUUGUGAAAAUGAGUACCCUUAAUAUCAGCAUUAUAUUGGAAGCAGAGAUCACUUUAGUAGCACUGAAAGUCUCUUAGCUGCAUUUGACUUCGACUAUGAAACUGGAAACGCAAGUUUUAUUUACUAUUUUGAUGCAGGUUUAAGCAGGAUAAUGUGUAUAAUCUCUUGUUUUUGUAGGGGGAAGGGGUGGAGAAAAAAGGCGUAUAAUAUUUUGGCUCACUGUUUUUGUGACUUGUGCAGUGACACCGAAAUGUGCAUGCAGUUAUCUGUCAAAUAGGGUCUUCAGUUUUAAUUUGUGAUACAUAUCCCCGAAUAAAAUGCUGGUUCACUGUAUGUUUCUGUAACCCAUAGUGACUACAUGCUGCUUCAAUGUAAAUAAAAGUGUACAGUUGAACUGAA